AUGACGCGACCUCAGAUCCUGUUUCUCGAUGCUUACGACUCGUUCACGAACAACAUCGUAUCCCUUCUCAUAACCCUGCUUGACGCCGAUGUUCACGUCUUACCGAUUGACACGCCUUUGCUAGACCAAAACUCGCUAACGUUUUCGGUUGAUUUUCAUCGGGAAUUAUCACGUUAUCAUGCGGUAGUUUGCGGGCCUGGGCCCGGCUCCGCCGAGAAUGAGACGGAUGUUGGGCUCAUGAGAUGUAUUUGGAGAUUGCAAGAUGAGCAUCUCCUGCCGGUUCUUGGUAUUUGCCUUGGAUUCCAGAGCCUCGUUCUCAGCUCGGGCGGCAACGUGAGGAGGCUUCAGCGGGGAAUGCACGGCAUGGUUCGCGAUAUUCAGCACGAGAAAUCUGAGGCGACAUGCGCCGAAGAUAUCUUUGGUGGUGUUUCCGAGUUUAAAGCAACCCUCUAUCACAGCCUUUGUGCCGACAUCGGACAAGACUCCAUCCCAGAUUCAACAUGGGCAAGCAGGCGUUGGCGUGCUCAGGAGAUGGCACCCGAGCUGUUGCCUCUGGCGUGGGUGGACGAGCAGAGGGACAGCGGCCGCGAAAGAAUUCUCAUGGCCGUCAAGCACAAGAGCAAACCCUUUUGGGGCCUGCAGUACCACCCAGAGUCAGUCUGCACGCAGCCGGCAGGCCAUGCGGUCAUCAGCAACUGGCUUCGCGAAGCCAUGGCGUGGAAUCGAAAGGCGAACAGAAACGUGCUGAGCGGGGAGCGGUUUCUGGCAAGGAAUGCUGUGAAGCCGAGUCUUCUCUGCGAGAACCACGUCGCGGCUCAGGGAGGGAACGCUACCGUCCUCGAAUGGACAGAGAUGCCGACGCCCCUGGCGACUGUCGGACUUGACUGCGAGUACAUAUACAAAACCAUCAGCCUCCCGGCGAACGUCAAGGUACCGGACAUCGUGGAAGUGCUAAAGAGCGGUAGGAUGGAACACAUCAUUCUGGAUUCGUCCAACUCCAGCAGCAUGGCGACGGGAGCUGCGGACGUUCGGGGUCGAUUCAGCGUCGUUGCUCUGGAUGUGGAGGAGUCUCUGCGAAUCGAGCACCACGUCGGAGACGAUUUUGCCACGGCCCGUAUCCCUUCGAUUCAGGGUCUGCCCGUUGACCUCGUGGAGACUGUUCCAUUCGGAUCACAAAAGAACAUUUGGCAUCUCCUCUCCGGGUUCCUUGAGAAACGACGCAUCCCAGGCUCAGAGGAGCUCGAAACGCCGUUCCGAGGAGGCUUCAUGGGCUACCUCACUUAUGAGAUGGGACUCAAGGGGAUCGACGUAGCGGUGGCUGCUGACCGUGGGCAUCAGAGGCCCGACCUGUGCUUCGCUUGGGUUACGAAGAGCAUCGUGGUCGACCACGUUAAGGGCUUGCUACACGUCCAGCAUCUUCAGAAGCGGAAGCUCAAUGCCAACUUUUGGAUCGACUCCGUGGUGGCAUCCCUACAGACGUCCCAUCUCUGGCAAGCAUCGGGCAAGGCCAUCGUCAACGGGUCGGAUGCUUCAACCGUAGCUACGAGACCUGUCAUUCGGGUCCCUGCCGCCGACGAGUAUGAAGCCAAGGUCUCCCAUUGUCAAGAAUUCAUCGCAGCCGGCGAGUCGUAUGAGCUGUGCUUGACGGAUCAGACAACCAUCACCUUGCCCGGACGCCCGACAAAAGAUCACGCCCCGGCCGCCACCAACGGCCUGGCCGACGGACACCCCUCGGAACAAGGGAAGUCCGCGUACGUUGCGCCGUGGAAGUUGUAUAAGACGCUCAGAGCUCGCCAGCCAGCCCCGUUCGGCUCCUUUAUCCGACUCGGCGGCGCGACGUUGAUCAGCAGCUCCCCGGAGCGCUUCCUCGAGUACGAUGCCCACGGCUUCUGCUCCAUGAGGCCGAUGAAGGGCACCGUCCGCAAGUCGAACCAGGUCGCCACGCUGGCGCAGGCUGAGGAGAUUUUGCACGUGCCCAAGGAGGAGGCGGAGAACCUCAUGAUUGUGGAUCUCGUCCGGCACGACUUGCACGGCGUCUGCGGCUCCGGGAACGUCACGGUGCCACACCUGAUGAAGGUGGAAGAGUACGCGACGGUCUUCCAGAUGAUUACGAUCGUCAACGGCCAGCUGCCGCAGCCGACAACAGCAUCGGGUGCCGAUCGCCGUCACACAGGGCUCGAUGUCCUUGCGGCUAGUCUCCCGCCGGGUAGCAUGACUGGAGCCCCGAAGAAGCGGAGCUGUGAGCUGCUGCAGGAAAUUGAAGAGCAUAAGGAAAGAGGUCUGUAUUCCGGUGUGGUGGGGUACAUGGACGUCACUGGCAAGGGGGACUGGAGCGUCACGAUCCGGACCAUGUUCAAAUGGGACGACGAGAAUGCGCCACCAGAGGAGGGCGAGACGGAACCGAGAGAGGUUUGGCAUAUCGGAGCUGGCGGCGCUGUGACGAUUUUGAGCACUGCUGAGGGGGAGAGGGAGGAGAUGUUCACCAAGUUAGCGGGGCCUUUGGGCGUUUUCGCAGACGUAUGA